UACUUAAGUUUUCUUAUGAAUUUCAGGGGUGGUGCAAUUAAAUUUUUGGGCACACAGCGACAUUAUGACAAGUGGCUGAAAGACACUGAAAGGUAUCUAGUCAAAGGUUGCUUUGCAAUGACAGAAUUGGGGCAUGGCAGCGAUAUACGGAGAAUGGAGACGACUGCCACAUAUGACAAAGAGACCGGAGAAUUUGUCAUUAACACUCCCUGUGAAUCAGCUCAAAAAUACUGGGUUGGUGGUUCUGCUAAUAAUGCUACACACGCAAUACUCUUCUCUCUACUCUACAUAAAUGGGACGAAUGAAGGAGUGCAUGCAUUUAUAGCUCAGAUUAGAGAUGCUGAUGGAAAUAUAUGCCCCAAUGUACACAUAGCUGAUUGUGGUCAUAAGAUUGGAUUGAAUGGAAAUGAUAAUGGACGUAUUUGGUUUGACAAUCUGCGAGUGCCCCAAGAGAACUUGCUGAACUCAGUUGCUGAUGUACUGUCCGAUGGGAAAUAUGUGAGCGCAAUAAAAAACCCAGAACAGAGAUUUGCGGCUUUCAUGGCUCCCCUAACAUCUGGUCGUGUAGAUGUUGCAUCCACUGCAAUUUAUUCAUCAAAGCAAGGUUUAGCUAUAGCUGUGAGAUAUGCACUCACAAGACGAGCUUUCUCUAUUACACCAGACGGUCAAGAGGUUCUGCUGCUUGAUUAUCCUAGUCAUCAGCGGCGUCUUCUGCCCCUUGUUGCAAAAACAUGUGCAAUGAGCUGUGCUAUCAACUUCUUGAAGAAGAGUUAUGCGAAGAGGACCCCAGAAACUAACAAAAUCAUGCAUGUCUAUUCAAGUGCUCUUAAAGCUACACUGACUUGGCAUAACAUGAGAACAUUACAGGAAUGUUGUGAGGCUUGUGGAGGGCAAGGGAUCAAGACGGAGAAUCGUAUUGGGAUUUUGAAAGGUGAAUUUGAUGUACAAUCGACCUUAGAGGGAGACAAUAAUUUACUGAUGCAACAGGUAAGCAAAGCACUUCUCGCUGAAUAUAUAGCAGCUCAGAGGAAGAAGUCGCCAUUUAAAGUAUUGGGAUUGGAACACAUGAAUGAUCCCUGCCCUAUAAUCUCAGAUAAUUUAACAGGCUGUAGUCUUAGGAGCAUCAAGUUCCAGACUGAUGUUUUCUACUUGAGAGAACGACAUCUGUUGAGACGCUUUGCUGCAGAAAUUCCCCAAUAUCAAGCUCAGGGAGAAAGUAAAGAGAAAGCCAUCCUCCUGAGUUAUCGACUUGGCGAGGAGUUAGCUAGAGCCUUUACAGAGCGGACUAUAUUGCAAACUAUCAUAGAGGCAGAAAUAUUGUCUUCUGACCCAUUGAAGGAUGUGUUGGGAUUGUUAAGGUCCAUGUAUGCCUUGAUUUCUAUCGAAGAGGACUCAUCCUUCCUUCAGUAUGGGAUACUGUCACCUAGCAACUUUGCUGCAGCAAAAAAAGAAGUGAUGAAGUUGUGCAGCGAUCUGAGACCCCAUGCUCUAGGCAUUGUCAGCUCCUUCGGCAUCCCUGAUUCUUUCUUAAGCCCCAUAGCUUUCGAUUGGGUUGAAGCCAAUUCAUGGGGCUCACCCAACUCAGGAAAUUGCUAAUCCCUCAAUUGUGACGCGAUAAGGUUUCCAUCAAUAAUCUGCUUGAUUUAUUGAAUUCCAAGAGAUCUCUCUGUAAAAAUGUAUUAUAACAACACUCAAAAUUUCAUCCUAUGUUUGGGAAGGAGUUCUGGACGAUUGCUUGUUGUAAUGUGGAGUACAAAUGUAUUUCAAAUAUUCUCACUAAUAAGCUGAAGGAUUUGUUGAAAUAAGUAGUAGGCCUCAACCAAGGUGCUUUUGUAAA